GGGGGUGUCCUCACUGUGAUUUGACAGCAAGAUAAGAGAAAGUGCCUUUUGAUUUCAGAGUAAUGUAUCACCAGGAGAAGAUGGGCGGGUCAGUACCAGGGUGAAUUCAGCCCCUGGCCAAGGGAGGGCACCUACAGGAAGAACUGCAGGAGGUCGGUAGAGAGGAGAUGGUCCCAGUGCCUUCGGUUCACUGGUGUCUAUUCCAGAAGUUGUGGAGACACUGCCGGGAGGAGGACUGGGCGUCAGCUUUGAUUACAGGAGAGAAUGCAGCAAAGCACUGAGGACCGUCCAGAGUCAGAUCAGGAAGAUGCUGCCCCUCUGCUCAACCAGCAGUUGUCACUUGGGAAAGGCCUCUGCUCAGCUCGCUACAGCCUGGUUCUCAUCCUGCACUUCUCCCUCUUCAUGAUGUAUUCGCUCCGCGUCAAUCUCAGUAUCGCCAUCAUAGCCAUGACGAACGGCACCAACCCGGGCAGCCUGCCCAAUAGCUCCACGGACGUGUGUCCCAGUCGCUCCCACGCUCAGCCCAACAGCUCCCACCGAGAAUUCACCCAAGGAGCCCCCGUGUACGACUGGAGCGCUGAGACCCAGGGCGUCAUCCUCAGUGCCUUCUUCUAUGGCUACCUCUUCACCCAGCUCCUUGGCGGAUACUGGUCGGGACAGUUCGGAGGGAAACUAGUGUUGGGCUAUGGGCUGCUCUCUACCUCGGCUCUCACGCUCCUCGUGCCACUGGCAGCUGGCCUGGGAGCCGCGUACCUCAUUGGGCUGCAGGCACUGCUGGGCAUGGCAGAGGGGGUGAUGUUUCCAGCCCAAUACACGCUUUUGGCAAAAUGGGCUCCCCCUUUGGAACGCAGCAGGCUCAUACAGCUCGCUGAUGCUGGAUGCACUUUUGGGACCUUCGUCACCUUCCCUGCAGCUGGAAUCAUCUGCCAGUACAUGGGGUGGCCUUACGUCUUCUACAUCUUCGGUGGCAUUGGCUGUGUUUGGUGUGGGUUCUGGUUCCUUCUCGUCUAUGAAGAUCCUGCAUGUCACCCUCAUAUUAGUGCUGGAGAGAAGGAGUACAUUGUGUCAUCCCUGGCCAAUCAGGGCAUCUCUCACGGACGGUCCCUUCCACUCCUGGCUGUGAUUAAAUCGCUGCCUCUUUGGGCCAUUGCAGUCCCCUGUUUCUGCAGUGAGUGGCUGUUCUACACGCUGCUGACGUCAAUGCCAAUGUACAUGCAUGAGGUGCUCCACUUUGACAUCAGAGAGAAUGGUCUCCUCGCUGCACUUCCUUACAUUGGGAACUGGCUGUGUACCAUCGUGUCGGGGGUGCUGGCAGACUUCCUCCUGUCCAAGCAAGUGUUCAGCAUAGCAACAGUUCGGAAGCUCUUCUCGGUGCUGGGGAUGAUGCUCCCAGCCAUCUCCCUGGUGGCCGUGUCCUACGUCGGCUGUGAUUACACAGCAGCUGUGGUCUUUCUGACAUUUUCCAUGACUGUAAUCAGCAUGUGCGGGGCCGGUUUCUAUACUAACCACAUGGACAUUGCUCCCAGAUAUGCUGGGUUUGUGCUGGGAGUCACAAACACCCUCGGAACAGUCUCAGGAAUAAUUGCUCCCGCCGCAGUUGGAUUCUUCACCAGCCAGAUACAGACUAACACGGCUGCUACUCUGAAACCAGAAAUAGUCAGCUGGCCAGUUAGCCCUCCCAUGAGGAAUAUCCUCUCUCAUAUGUGGACUUUUAGCUGGGAACAGUGUAAAGCCAAGGGCCAAGAUUUUCAAGUGACUCCAGAGGCUGUGUAUCCUUCUUGAGACACAGGGAAGGAGUCUGAAAGUCCAUCCCCUUUGACUUGAGCGGACUUAAGCACUCAGAAGACAGAGGCACCCACAACCACUUCUGAUGAUCUUAGCCCAAAAGUUAACAUUCAAAGAGCACACCCCACUGACCUGAAGCACUGUUGGAGAAGCUGCUGCCAAUGCAUUGCCAUACCAACAAACUGACUGGCCUUCCAAGAGGGAAGCUAAGAGUAUGUAUCCCAGCCCACUACCAACUCUAGAAACUUACGUAACAGACAGCACUGCAUUUGCCAUUCACCGUGUUAGGCAUCACACCAGUAGGUAUCAUAGUUGAAGCUUGAGUAUUUUUUUAUAGCUAUUUUACUAUACCUCUUAGUAGAGCUCACUUAAAAGGAUUGUGGUAGCUUAGAUUUCCUGAGUAAGUCACUAAAACUUUACUCUUUCCUUCAUAAUGGACUAGCUUCCCCAGAGAAAUGAAUCAGUUAGUCUACAGCAGUGACCAAGACUAACCCUCUCUGAAAAAGAGGGAGGUAGAGUUUACCUGCUUACAACUUCAAAGGAAAGAUGUUAGAGGAGCUUUUAUAAUGUUUGAGAGGCUUUGGAAUAGGUAUGAGUUGGAGAAACAGCUUAGUUCUAAGAGAAAUAACAGGCACGCUUAGCAUCUCACUGAAGAGUUUUGACAUCUGCCACCCACUAUCUGUCAGUUUAGCCACACAUCUUUAAUGUUUAUUAGAUUAGUGGCUAAGGGCUAAUCAAGAAUGGGGCCCUCCUGUGCCAGUUAGUGAUCAAACAGAGUAGACAGCCCCUGUCCCAGAGUGUUUACAGUCCAAGUUGCAGUCUCCCUGUUUAACAGGUUGUGAAUUGUGUUGAAUCUUUAAAAUGGACUAGAACAGAUCAGACUGCAAAGCAGCCCUGGCAGUUGUGUCAGCCACAUGGCUGACAACCACAACCAGCU